AUGAUCAUGGCGAAUGGUAGUCCUUCCUAUGAAUGGCAGUUUGAUGAUGAUGAUGGUUUUGAUGUAACCGCCAAUGAUGAUGAACCGGUUGAUUUUGAAUCGUUGUUUAAUAUGCUUGCGGAGAAAUCCCGUGGCGACUAUUCGCAGUAUGGGCCAGCUGAUCCUUCAUCAAGUAGCGCACAAUGUAGUGAGUCAGUUUCAGGUGUUGGUGUUAAUGAGCACUCCCAAACCAAUGAUGGUUCACUUGCAUUUCCCCCUCCACAUCACUCAGAAGCUUUAGCUUCUGGGACUUUCUGGUCAAGUGGUUCAUCUGUUACUGAAAGGCAGAUAUUUUAUUCUGGCUUUGAAUCUCAUCAAGAUAUGUUUCCCAUGCAUACUGAUGGGAGCGUUAGUGAUUGGCAGAUGCCAGUUCCUGCACAUGUCACUCCCUGGCUGGCAAACCAUGGAGUUACUCAAGAAAUUUUUUCAUUUAGCAACCAUGGCACAGAUACUGAUUUUGAGAGAGCUAGUAGCAAUGAGACCUUUGGGUUUAAUAAUGGUAGUCACCAACUGAUGGAUAGAUCUGGGAUAACUGAUGGCAUACUUGCUGAUUCAGUUAGAAACAGUUAUCAAACACUAGAGGCCCCUGACAACGUGGAAGUCCCAUCCGUGGAUUUUAAUGGGUAUUCUAACAUUCACUAUGGUCCCAAUCAUGAGUUCAUUUUUCCAUAUAUCACAAACACAAAUGAACCACCUUAUUUUGGUUCAUCAAGGCAGAGCCAAAGCUCAAUUUAUAACGAUGGCAUGUUACUUAAUGUUGAGACUGAAUCGAAGGAACAUCUAAUGCCAAGUAUAUCAAGAAGCAGUGCGAUGAAUUAUGAGGCUGUAGCUGUCAGAGAAGGUGGAGUAGCUGUGGUGGAUCGGACCUCUGAUAUUGGACCAUAUGUCGGCGCCGGAGGCAUUAUUAAUCGGUCUACAAGUGGAUAUCAUUGGCUUUGUAUGGGUAAUAUGGCAAACAAGACACAAGUGGUUUGUGUGAAGGAUGAAAAACAUGAUGCACCUGUUCCAUCAACAGGUACUGCAUGCAAGAAUCAGUCUCCAGUAGAUGGGAAAUCACAUACCAAUGCACAAACAUCUACACUUGGUUUCCCCCAUACUCACAUGCAAAUUAAUAAUGCAAAGUUCAAAGUGACUGAUGAACUAUCUGCUCAUCAAGCUCCAUUGCAGGAUUUGCCUCAUUCGAAGCCAGAGAAAUCUCUACCAGAUGGUGGUUUGGCAGUUCCACUUUUGAGACACCAGAGGAUUGCUUUGUCAUGGAUGACGAGGAAAGAGACGAAAAGCACACGCUGCUGUGGAGGAAUUCUUGCAGAUGAUCAGGGGUUGGGUAAAACAAUAUCGGCGAUUGCUCUUAUUCUCAAGGAAAGGUCUCCUCCAUCUAGUGUCUGCACUAUCCAAAUGAAAGAGAAUGAAACCGAGACUUUGAAUUUGGUCGACGAUGAGGACGAACAUACAUACACUUCUGUGCAGACAAAAAGUUGUCUAGCUGCAGGGACCCUUGUUGUAUGCCCGACUAGCGUCCUUCGUCAAUGGAAUGAAGAGUUGCAGAGUAAAGUAAGCAGCGAAGCUAAUCUCUCCAUUUUAGUGUAUCAUGGAGCCAAUAGAACCAAGGAUCCAUUUGAGCUAGCCAAGUAUGAUGUUGUCCUCACUACAUAUGCAAUUGUGAGCAUGGAGGUUCCAAAGCAGCCACUUGUUGAUGAAGAUGAUGAUGAAACAAAGAAGCGAAGUGAUGUUCUUCCUAUAAAGCUCUCUCCCACCAAGAAAAGGAAAUACCCUCCUAGCUCUGAUGAAAGUUCCCGAAAGGAUAAGAAGGGAACAGAUAAUGAACCCUCUGAAUCUAUUGAUCGUCCUCUUGCCAAGCUGAGAUGGUUUAGGGUUAUACUGGAUGAGGCUCAGAGCAUUAAGAAUUACAAAACUCAAGUAGCUAGAGCUUGUUGGGGUCUCCGAGCUAAACGCAGGUGGUGCUUGUCAGGGACUCCUAUUCAGAACUCUAUUGAUGACCUUUAUAGUUACUUCAGAUUUUUAAGAUACGAUCCGUUGGCUGUAUUUAAAUCAUUCUGCUCAGCAAUAAAGGCCCCUAUCCAAAGGAAUCCGGUAGCUGGAUAUAAAAAGUUACAGGUCAUCUUGAAGACUAUUAUGCUUCGACGCACAAAAGGUACACUUCUAAAGGGAGAACCAAUAAUCUCGUUGCCACCCAAAACCAUUAUCCUGAAGAAAGUGGACUUCACUGCUGAGGAGCGUGGUUUCUACCGCAGUCUGGAGGCUGAUUCCCGUGCUCAGUUUGCAGAAUAUGCUGCUGCUGGCACCGUCAAACAAAACUACAUAAACAUACUGUUGAUGCUUCUACGCCUCCGACAAGCUUGUGAUCACCCUUUACUUGUUAGGGGAUGUAGCUCAAGCACCGGGUGGAGGUUGUCUGUUGAGAAGGCAAAAGAGCUUCCUCAAGAAAAAUUAUGCGGUCUUCUAAAGUGCUUGGAAGCUUCUUUAGCAAUUUGCGGCAUAUGUGACGAUCCACCUGAAGAUGCUGUUGUAACAACUUGUAAGCAUGUUUUCUGCAAUCAAUGCAUCCUCGAACAUCUUUCAAGUGAUGACAGUCACUGUCCAUCCUCAGAGUGCAAAUCCCUCAUUAGUAGAUCUUCAGUAUUUUCUAAAUCAACACUUGAAGUUGCUAUAGCUAACCAGCCUGGUCAAGGUAACAUCCCUUAUGGUUCUGGUUCAGUAGAAUCUGGAGUUCUGGAAACUUCUUCGUUCAUUGGACCAUUUGGGUCCCCAAAAAUUGAGGCUACUAAGGCACUUGAUUCCUCCAAAAUUAAAGCCGCCCUCGAAUUCUUGCGGUCUAUUUCAAAACCUCAGGAUAUAACAAUGGCCACUACUUCCUCCUCCUCUAUUGGAAAUUCAGUCAAGAGGGAGAAAGCAAUUGUGUUCUCACAGUGGACGGGGAUGCUGGAUUUGCUUGAAGUUUGUCUUAAAGAUUCCUCCAUCGGUUACAGGAGACUUGAUGGGACAAUGUCUGUUGUUGCCCGAGAUAAAGCAGUGAAGGAUUUCAACACUCUUCCUGAGGUAACUGUUAUGAUUAUGUCUUUAAAAGCGGCUAGUCUCGGGUUAAACAUGGUUGCUGCUUGCCAUGUAAUUCUUCUGGAUCUCUGGUGGAACCCGACAACGGAAGAUCAAGCAAUUGACAGAGCUCAUCGGAUUGGGCAGACUCGCCCGGUUACAGUUUUGCGGUUGACUGUUAAAGAUACUGUUGAAGAUCGCAUUUUAGCUCUUCAGGAAAAGAAGAGAGAAUUGGUAGCAUCAGCAUUCGGAGACGAUGAAAAUGGUGGCUCUCAAACUCGUCUCACUGUUGAAGACAUGAAAUAUCUAUUUCAAGCAUAG